GUUAUGGCGGAGGGCACACCCGCACCAUCUGGCACAUGGGAUGGAAUGAGCCCCAAGGAUCGCCGUAGACGUUUCGCAUCAGCCAUCAGGGCCUUCCUCUCUAUUCUCUGCAUAAAGGGAAUCAAAACAGAAAAUGUUGUGCGACAUUACAUAGCACAAAAAAGUCUCCAUGGCUCUCUUUCUUCUCUCCCUCCUAUCCAAUUUCGAUGAUCGCCAGCGUAAAACGGUGUAGUUCAUCAGACAUUUGGUAUCAGAGCCUCGUCACUAGGAGGACUUCGGAGAUAACGGGGCCCAUCAGCCUGCAGGAGAAGUCAACCAGAGACGACAAACAGCUGCGGCGCGCUAGUCGUGCAACGCAUGAUGUGCGAUACCGGUGGUGCAUGACCUAUGAUUACUCACACGAACUACGCCGACUGGGCUCUCAUGAUGAAGAUCAUGCUGGAUGCAUGCUAGCUAUGGGUCAUGUUUAAUGACGGAAUGCUUGAACGGGAGACUGAUCGCACGGCAAUGGAGUGCAUGCUAUGGUCUGUUCCGCUGGAGAUGCUGCCCACUCUCACACCGUGAAAGCCAUGACCAAAGGACGCCUGGCAGAGAAUCAAGACAAUGCGGCUCGGAGUGAGCCGUGUGUGCAAGGCCAAGGCGACAUGAUUCACUGGCAGUACGUAGCGAUCAGACACAACAAUGAUGAAAGCAUCAACGAUUUUGGUGAGCCUGCCAUCAUCCAUAUGUACCUCUCGCUCAUGCCUAAGGCGUACUUCCAGAUGGCAUGUGCGAUCAAGAUGCUGGUCACCUCAACAUCCUAGCUCUCAGUGAGCUAAUCCGGCGUCUCAAGACCAUUGAGGAGUGGUACGAGCUGGACCAGCACCUUGUGCAUGGAUGCAGCAGCAUCAAGCUAGUACCCACGAAGGAGUAGUGGUCUGUGCGAAUGAAACAGUGGGACGACAACGGCUCGACUAAGAGCAGUGAUCAUGGACGACAUGGCAAGCUCCGUUGGUCUGGUCAUGGAGGACGGUCUUCAGGCGGUAGUGAUCGCACUGUCAACUGCGACGACAAGUCAAAAGACACAUGCCAUUACUACGGCAAGGUUGGCCACUCGGCACGGGAGUGCCCAAAAACGCAACGAGAUGAGGCACACAUCGCUCAGGCCGGUGGCCAAUAAGUAGGCUUGCUGAUGCACAAGUUUGAGGGCUCACCAAGACUGCCACCGGCAAGACGCCGACAAUAGUGUCCGCUACGUCGACGAUGCAACACGGUACACCGGCAAGACUUCCUUGUGCUCAUGAACGAUGCUGUUAUGAUGCAACUUGUAUUAUCAGGAGGCCAAAGCCAACAUAUAUACACAUGCAUGAGGAUGCCAAAAGGCUACAAGAGAAUUCCGAAAGACUAGAAUGCAAAAGGCCAAAAGACAUCAUUAAUAUAACUCUAGCAUACCCCCCCCCCCCCCUCAAACUCAUGGUAGAUCUAUAACACUGAGUUUGGGAAGGUGAAAUCCAUGUUGCGCUCUGGUCUGGGCCUUCGUGAAGAAGUCUGCUAGCUGUAACUCAGAAGGCACAUACUGAAGAGCAACAACAUGUCCUGCACAACAGCACGCACAUAAGAAGCAUCAACACCAAUAUGCUUGGUAAGCUCAUGCUUCACGGGAUCCCGUGCAAUACUGAUAGCACCUGUAUUGUAUGACAAGUGGGUGGUAGGUGUAGUAACAUAAACACCAAAAUCCUCCAUCCUCCAGUAAACAUUGUAACCAAGUCACCUCUGCCGUCAGAAGAGACAUAGCUCGUAUCUCAGCCUCUGCAGUCUGUUUCUUCAUCUUCCAGGCAAUGAGAGAACCACCAAGAAAAACACAGUAAACAGAAAGUGAACGGCGAUCCAUAGGAUCACUAGCCCAUGUAGCAUCCAAAUAGGCCUGGAGCUGUAAUGAGUUGGAGCGGGGAAAGAAAGGACGGUGAGAGAUCGUGCCACGAAGAUAUCGAAAAACACGAACAAGGUGACUAUAGUGUACCGAAGUGGGAGAAGAAAUAAACUGACUCAAGAUAUGGACAAGAUAGCAGAUAUUCGGACGAGUGACAGCGAGAUAGACAAGACUGCCAACAAGUUGACAUUAACGUGUCGGAUCAGAUAGGGGCUCACUAUCAGAAGCGCGAAGGUGAACAUUGAGCCCCAUAGGAGUCUCAUGAGUGCGCUCAUCACUAAGAGUCGCACGAGUAAGAAGAUCAUGGAUAUACUUUUCUUGAGAAAUAAAAAAGGCAUCAGAGGUGGAGGAAACCUCAAUCCCAAGAAAAUGAUGAAGAGGACAAAGAUCGGACAUAAGAAACUGCUCACUGAGACGGGCCUUGACAAAGGUAAUGUACUCAGGGUCGUUCCCAGUGAUGAUCAUGUCAUCAAUAUAUAGAACAAGAAGAGUCCGGCCACGAGAUGAAAGGUGAACAAACAGCGCCGGAUCAUGAGAACUCGCUGAAAAACCAGCGGCUGUCACCACAUAGGCAAAACGCACAAACCAGGCGCGAGGGGCUUGCUUAAGGCCAUAAAGAGAGUGACGAAGACAGCAUACCAUGCCAUUAGGAACAGAAUACCCGGAUGGCGGCUGAAUAAAACCUCCUCACACAACUCACCAUUAAGAAAAUCAUUCUUAACAUCAAGCUGAGGAACUAACCAAUGACGAAUAGAGGCCACAACGAGAAGUGUGCGGAUAGUGGUCAUAUGGGCCACAUGAGCAAAUGUUUCAUCAUAAUCACGACCAUGCUCCUGCUGAAAGCCACGAGCCACAAGACGAGCUUUGUAACGCUCAAGAGAACCAUCGAAGCGAGUCUUAACCUUGUAGACCCACUUACAAGUGAUGGGACGAACACCGGGAGGAAGAGAAACAAGAUCCCACGUACCGGUGCGCUCGAGAGCAGCAAGCUCCUCUGCCAUCGCAAACUGCCAUUCAGGAUGAAUAACAGCAUCGCGAUAAGAGGUAGGCUCAAGUACAGCAGCGAGACCAUAUCGACAAGGAAAAUAGCGGUUAGGGGGAGGGCAAGGCCGAGCCGGAAGACCAUAAGUCGACUGGGAUGAGGAGGACGACGCACCAGAAUUAGAUGGCACGUCAGUGGAUUUACCACAACACGUGGAUGACGAGUAUAAUGGAAAGGAAUGGAGGGAAGUGGUGGAGUCACUUGAGGUGGAGACGAGGAAUGUAUCGAUGAUGAAGGUGGAGAAGGGGAAGGUAUCAAUGAUCAAGGUGGAGAAGGGGAAGAUAUCGGUGAUGAAGGUGGAGAGUCAUGGGAUGGAGGAGAAGAAUCCGUAUGAGAGGACAGCGUCGGAUUUGCAACAGCAGGACGAGAAAUAGGAAUACUAGGCACAGAGGGGGGUGUAUCCGAAAACGUAAGAAAAGAGAUGUCCUCCGCUGAAAAAGCCACGGAGGAUGGACGCGGGUAGAAGGGACGAGACUCAUCAAAAGUUACAUCCCGGAAAAUACGCAUUCGGCGAUUGAGAUGAUCCCAACACCGAGCCCUUAGGCUCAUCACUGUAUCCAAAAAAGACACACUCAACAGACUGAACGGUCAGUUUGGUGCGUUCACAAGGAGCAAGCAAAACAUAGCAAACACAACCAAACAAACAAAGCGCUGAAUAAUCAGGAGGAUGACCAAAAAGCUCGAGAGCAAUACCACCCUGUAGAGCAGUAGAAGGCUGAAUGUUGAUGAGAUAGGUGAAAGUGGUAACAGCCUCAGCCCAAAAGUGAGGCGGAAGAGAGGCGGCGAUCAUCAUCGCACGCGCCGUCUCAAGGUGACGAUCCUUGCGCUCAGCCACACCAUUCUUAGCAUGAGCACCAGGGCAAGAGAACCGAGUUAUAGUACCCUGCUCAGCAAGAAAUCCUCGCAGCGCAUGAGAGAUAUACUCACCAGCUGAAUCUGCGCGAUAAACAUGAAUAGGAGUGGAAAACUGGGUAUGGACCAUGGCAGUAAAUUUUUUGUAUAUAGAUAGAACUUGACUACGAGAAGACAUGAAAUAGAUCCAAGUCUACCGAAAAAAAACGUCUAUAAAGAUAAUGUAGUAGUGAUGACCCCUUUCGAAGCGCAUGGAGCCGGACCCCAAACAUCAGAGUGAACGAGAUCAAAAGGACACUCAGACACUGACUCACUGUGAGGGUAGGGCAGCUGAAUCUGCUUACCAAGUGUACAACCUAGACAAUCCAACGAAGCGUUACCGGAGACGGACCCCAGAACGUUGCUAUGAACCAAAGACGAGAGGCGAGAACCACAUAAAUGGACAAGACGAUGAUGCCAAUGUUGAAAAGAGCUGGUAGAUGCAGCAAUAGGGGCUGUGAGACUGGCGGCGGCGGCAACGGAGGGAAGACGAAGCCAGUCAAGCUCCCAGAGACCAUCAGAGCGUCGAGGGCCAGCACCAAGCAGAGCGCCCGUACUACGAUCCUGAACAGAACACGAAUCAAAGUCGAGAAUGACCCUACAACUAGAGUCAACAAUCUGACCACCAGAUAUGAGCUACAUGGUAAGUCGAGGAACAUGAGCUACAGAGGGAACAUGCAUGAAGAAGUGCUAAGAGUGCCUGGACUAGCUACAGGGAGGGGAGUGCCAUCAGCUGUAAGAACAUGAAUGGGAGACUCGACGAGUCGAAUGGAGGUCAAAGUAGAAGAAUCAUAAGUCAAUGGAAACAUGCUCCAAUAUCAAUAAUCCAUGGUUUCUCAGUGCCAAAAGAGUCAGUCACGAAACAUGCAGAACCUCUCGGUGAAGAAUCCCAAGCAGCAAGCAGGCAUCGUAGCUGCGCAAGCUCAUGCGCAGACAGGGACACGACAGAAGAGGCCGACGAUGAGCAGUCGCCACCACCCGUGGAAGCCGUGUGUAGAGUCGAUCGAGAGAAACGAGUCGACGUAGAGCGGUCACCGUCAUGCGCGGAAGACAUGAGGAGUCGACAUAGAGCUGUCACUAUCGCGCGUGGAGGCCGCGAAAGGAGUCGAUGUAGAGCGGUCACCGCCGCGUGAGGAAGCCGCGAGAGGACUCAACGUACAACGGUCAUCGCCGUGCGCGGAAGGAGGAGUCGACAUAGAGCGGCCACCGCCGUGCAUGGAAGCCACACUCAAUGCACUGAGCGACGGAGAGUGGCAUGUGAGUGAAAGCCACCGGCAGAGUCGACGAAGAGUAACCACCACCACAUACGGCCGCCGCCGUAAGAGACGAUGUAAAGCGCCCAUAAUCAUGUGCGGAAGUCAUCAAACGAGUCAACGGAGAGCGACCAUAGGCGCGGUCGGAAGCUGCGAGCGGAGUUGUGGAAGAGCAACCAUCACAGCGGCAUUUUUUUUUCAGAGUACGUAAUUGGACAAAGGAGCUCAGCCAAAACGAACGAACUGACAAAAGGCAGCCCACGCGAACUUAGCCCAGCCGAACAGACAAAACUAGCCUUAAAAAGCAGAUUUGGUGGGCGGCUCGAUUGAAUCGGCAGGGAGAGCAGCACGCGCUGGUUCGAACUCGAGCGCACGCGCACACGCAAGAAGCAGCGGCCGGCGGAGCAGCUGGACGGGAGUAGGCAGCGCCCAGGAUCUGGUUGGCCGGGGCCGGGCGGCGCGGUUGGCCGGAUGGCGACCCGGGCGGCGCGGACGACCGGAGAGCGCCCGGAUGGCCGGAUGGCAGCGCGGACGACCGGAGAGCGGCCAGAUGGCCGGAGACCUUGGAGAGAAGCCGAUCCGGCGAGUAGCACGUCCUGAAGGGCGUCGGCCAGGGACUGGUCCGGCUACCAGCAACGUCAUGGAGACUGCUGCGGAAGACCAGCAGGCGGAGAAAGGCUGCUGGAGUCCAGAUGAGCAGCGGCAGCAGCAAGAGAAGACGAACAGACGGGAAAAAAAUCCGAUCAGAAUGACAGACGAGUUGCGGCGUCACGGGAUGAUCUAAAACCUAGGCAAUGAUACCAUGUUAUGAUGCAACUUGUAUUAUCACAAGGUUAAAGCCAACAUAUAUACAUAUACAUGAGGAUGUGAAAAGGCUACAGGAGAAUGCCAAAAGACUAGAAUGCAAAAAGCCAAAAGACAUCAUUAAUAUAACUCUAACAGAUGCAACACGGUAUGUGGGGAUCACAUUUCUGGGGUCGAAGGACAAACUUAUGACAGUGAUCAUGCAAAUUUGGGCUGGAGCUGAAUCGGAGUCUGGCAAGUUGAAUGUGCUGCUGACGGACUGCGGCGGCAAGUUCCCAACUUGUUCAUUAACAGCGUACAUCGUCGAGAUAGGCAUCAGGAGGCAUUGCAUUGUGAUGUACUGGCCCCAGCAGAACGGUAUCCCGUAGCGCCCUAACAUUGUAUAAUUGAUUGAGGGAAGGUGAUGACCUUCCUAAGGGCUAUAUAUCUCUAGCCGGUCUCGUUUUAGAGGAGUAAAUGGCCGAAUAAAACGUUGUCCAAACUCAAAGUUCCACCGACCGUUGGCGCUGUGCAGGUGCACGGUCCGGGGCGUCUCAAGAAAUUGGUGGCCCCGGGCGAAAACCAAAAUGUGGCCCAAAAUUUCAAACAAUUCACAUAACAGAAGAACUAAUAUGUGUAAAGCUUACACUCACUUUAUUAUAUAAUUUCAGGUAUGUUAUAUUUGUACCUUGCUUAGGCAUUUUAUCGAAUACUAAUGCUAAAAAGGUAAAGGGAUAGCAAAGCAAUAAGCUAGCCUCCCGUUCUACCAAAAAGGAGCAUCCGUCUAGUAUUUCAUAGUUGGGAGUCUCUCACCAAAUAUCUAUCAAGGGCACCCAUUAGAGAUCGAGCCUCGACUUCUGGUCUUUGUUUUUUUUCCUAAUUCUAGUAGACAUGAUGAAGAUUCAGAAACAAAAUAUCAGAAAUUAUAAGUGAUCAUCGAUCAGAUGGAGUCUAAUUAGUUUUAAAUAGUAAAGAUUGCUACAAUGACACGAUCAUUCAAAUACAAAUAACAAAAUUUUUAUAAGGAACCUUGCUCAUGUGGAGAUUAAAACACACUCCAUAGUCUAGCGUCGAUGUAUUCCUCAAUAUUGAUCAAAGCAACGAACGGAACCAUGGUCCUCAGCUGUUCCGUCUUCGUGGUAGCAAGACGAUCAGUCAAUGGGAUUGGAUGGGAGGCAACCGGUUUGGUGCUUCCUCAAUCAAUAAUACUACACGUACAGCAUAUUCAUACAAAGCUUUACAGGAUGACAACGUGGCCUAAUCUAAUUGCUCCCCCCUGAUUUUCAGGGUGGGGUCAUCCCCCUUAAUCAGAUUCCAACCAAUCAGUAUCCACUCUUUCGAUCGUGCCAUUGGGCCUCUAACCUUCUUUGUUGUAAGUCUGCUAUUUGGGUUUCUAGCAGCCCAGACGCCCAGUAUAAUAAGCAGCAAAGAAACCAUGUAGUCACGACUCAUGUACACGUACGUUUCCCUCAACAACAAAAAAAUGUAAUCCGCUCGUGACGGCUGUCUCGCUGGUUCUGGCGACUUCUUGGCGUCUCUGUACGCGACCUCGUCGGCAACUCUUGCCGUUCAAUCCCCAUCCAAUCUUCCACAAAAUAAACACACAACAAUCCUAAUUCCUUUUCCUCCCAUCUAGAGUCUAAUUCCAGUCCUAUUCUAGCGACUGUGAGAGCUCUGAACAGAUCUGAGUUGGAAUAAGUGAGUGAGGAACAGAAAGGAUUUCAGGAGCAAGAUCUGGUGUGUGUGGCGGCGGCGGCGGAUUUGGGGGUGUAGAGGGGACUGCUCGGGAGUGGUGAACCCAGCUGCUCCCAGCUGCAAUGGGGGACCUGAAGGCAGUAUACCUUGGAGGAGUGGAGGGCAAGCUCAAGAAUCUGCAGCUAUCCGAAGCGGAGAAGAAGGGGAUCAAGAUUGGCAGGAAGCAGGCAUGUUCCUCACAGGUGAGCAAGCUACAGGCAGUAGGUAAACUAAUUUCAGAGAGACCUGCUAGGGCAGAACAUGUGGGAAGAACCUUAGGGGGAGUCUGGAGUCCAUUAUUUGGAGUGGAAUGCAAAGACCUGGGCAGAAAUCGAUUUUUGUUUAUUUUCCAACAAAGAGCUGACAAGGAAAAAGCACUAGAUGCUGGACCAUGGAGAUUUAACAACGACCUGUUGAUGAUGGAAGAUUUCAUGCCUAGUAAAACAAUAGAUGAAUAUGAAUUCAGGACAAUACCGAUAUGGGUCAGAGCGUAUGGCAUCCCAAUGGGGAUGAUGAGCAAAGAAACAGGAGAUUUGAUAGGAGAACAAAUUGGAAAAGUCAUUGAUGUAGACCCAGAAAUUUGUGGUGAUUCUAUGGGAGCAUUUAUGCGGAUCAAAGUGAGAAUAGAUAUCACCGUGCCAAUUAUGAGGUUUGUAACAUCUUUUAUUGACGAUGAGGAAGAACAAGAGCAGGAAAAUGUAAUGAUACCUGUGGGAGAUGAUGAGGAGAUAGAACUAAGGAGAAAGAAGAGAGAAAUGGAGGAAAAAAUUGUCUCCUUCACAUACGAGUAUCUUCCUGACUUCUGCUACAGCUGUGGAAUUAUUGGACAUACUGAGAAAUCAUGCCCAACUAGAUCUAGAAGAACAGGGUCCAGACAGUUUGGGCCAUGGUUGCGUGCAAAUAUUUACAUGGGGAGCUCGAGUGAAGAAAGAAGUAGGGGUUCGAAUGAUAAAGGGAAAUUUUGGCCAAGCAAUAGUGCAGGAAAUAAGGGGAGCGGACAAGGUAGUGAUGGGCCGUCGUGGCGAAGGAAUGUACCAAGUGGAGAUGACGAGGAAGGGGCAGGAAGGAAUGAAGGAAAAGAAGUGACAAACCCUUUCACGUUAAAGGAGUGUGAGGACCAAGGAGCAGGGGAGAGAAAGAGAUUGGAUUCCAACGAAAAAGUGGUAGAAGAGCCCUCUAGAAAGGAACAAACACUUGCAAUAGAAUCGAGUAAGGCUGAAGAGGAAAAUAACACUACCACAAAAGCAAAUCGUGUUUCAAAAGGAUGCGGUCAAACGGAGAUCAAUCAACAAGAAAGCAACGAAAUAACAAAUCAAGUAGAAACGAGGACAGGGAUGAAGAUGAAGGAAUUACAGAAAUAUGCCAAUGAAGGUGACAUACUAAUGGAAAAGAAGAAGGGAAGAACAGUCAAAAUUAUGAGACAGGAUAGAGCGAAUAAAACACAAACUCAAGUGAAUAUGGCCACAGAAGCAAAGAAGCGUGGUGCAGAUGAUAUGGAAAUUGACAUGGAGCCAGUCACUGAGAAAAAGAUGAAAAUGGAAGUAGAGAUAAAUGCCACGACCGAUGAAGGGAGAACUGGGGAAGCAAAUACCAAGGCCGCAGAACCCAAAUUUGAUGUGAAAGCGGGAUUGGCGAACCAAUCCCGCGAGGCCAAAUGAGGAUCACGGCUUGGAACUGCCGGGGGUUGGGGAACGGCCCGACAGUGAGAGGGCUUCUGGAUCUGCAGAAGCAGGAGGACCCUGAUAUUCUUUUCUUGUCAGAAACCAAACUGAAUGGAAGGAAAAUGGAAAAUCUGAAAUGGCGAUUGGGAAUGAAUAACCUAGUGACGAGGGACUGUGAAGGAAAAAGUGGAGGCCUUGCACUCUUAUGGAAGAAAGAUAUUCAAGUGGAACUCCAUAACUACUCCAGAUAUCAUAUAGAUGUGGUGAUAACUGAAGGAGAUGGUUUCAGAUGGAGAUUUACAGGAAUUUAUGGUGAACCUACUACUGAAAAGAAGAACAUAACUUGGAAAUUACUGAGUAUUCUGAAUCAACAGCUCAACCUACCGUGGCUUUGCGUAGGUGACUUUAAUGAAA